AUUAGCACUCGCCUUACGCCGAAAAUGCAAGACUCGUUGACAUUUUUAUUCGAGAAGAUCUUUCUUCUUUGUAAUGUUUUUAAAACUUCUUGGUCGCCGGACGAGUGCGCACCAAAAUGCGCAGCGCCCUUGCUCCGGAGAGGUGAUUUAUUGGAAGUUGAGCGCACGCUGUUCAUUCAUUUCGGCAUCUAUCUGGGAGAUAAUAAAGUCGCACAUUUGAUGCCCGACAUCAUGCCUGUGCUAACUAACGACAAAGAGCUAAUCAAACCAGUCGUUACAAACAAAAGACUAAUUUUAGGUUGUAUUUACAAAAAUGCGAGUGUACGUGUCGAUUCAGUUGAGGAUUUUGCGUACGGCGCAAAUAUCUUGGUGAACGACAUGGAUAAGAAAAUUAAUAUACACGCAAUGUCAAACGAAGAAGUCGCGAAAAGAGCUGAAAAACUUAUCGGGGCGAUCCCGUAUAGCUUGCUUUGGAAUAACUGUGAGCAUUUUGUCACUUAUUGCAGAUAUGGAACACCUGUCAGUCAGCAGACUGAGAAGUUCUGUAACUUUCUGAAAAUGGCCAUUCGUGACCAGAGAAGCGUACUUCUGACCAGUCUCCUAGGAGUCAUGUCCAUCCUUUACUUUGGUGUUGCCCCUACAACUACAUUACCCACAAUCCUCAUACCAUUCACUCUGUGGAUGGCUGGCUGAGCAACACUUCAAAGACUCCAGCCAAGAAACACUACCUUCCAGAUGGCCUACUGAUGUAUCAUUCCAGCAGUCCUGGAAUCUAGCGAAAUGUUCAGGCUGAUUGUUGAUCCUAGCGAUGUUCACAUGGUGUGUACACUCAGCAGCUGCUGUAUUACAAACGCCCACUUCGUUAUGGCCACUGUAUGUACACCUGUCUUCUAGGUGCAUUUUGUGUACAAUUAUACACACAGUUUGCCAGCCAUCCUCUGGCAAGCACAAUUUCAGUCACCCUUCACCCCAUUCACAGUGAACCUCCAGAAACUGAUUAUUUGGGUGGUGAGCCAUUCUUAACACAGGUUUAACACUGACUUGGUAGUGGCAUGGCCAAGGGUGUUGAGCUGGUAGUAUGCAUGUUGGGCACAGUUGUUUCAGGGUGGUUUUUUUAUGUAUGCAAGAUGUAGACAUGACUGCUAGAUUGAAUGUGGCCCAUCAGUCAAAAGUAUUCAGCCAGUAGUCAGAAGCUGUCCACGAGUCGGAGGAUGGUUAACCCAAACCUUGCAAGGCAACAGAUGGGAUAUAGAAUUUAAUACAGUAGUGUUUUUAGUGAAAUGGUGGGUGAGUAUAUUUGAUGCCUCUUAAGUUAGUCCCUGAUGGGCCAUAAGCAGAGUUAUCUUUUGCUUCAUAGUGAUUUGGACAUGCAUUUUACAACUUGGGUAAAUUUCAUGUUCAUGUGGAAGUAGCUUAUUUAUCAUUAUGGAGGAUUUUAAUUUGGCUUUUUUUGUAUGUAGAUUAUCAUGUAAGACAUGUACUUGCACACAAUCUUUAUUUUUAAAGCACUGACUCAAGCUGACUAAAUCUGUUUAAGAACAGUAAUGUACAUGUGUAAUAUAGUCUAUUGAACUUGGGUCACAUAAUAAAAAGGAUUGUAUCCACAUUGUA